AUGAACAGAUUCAUAUUCUUCUGGGUAUUAUAUUGCUUUGCUCUGGUAGAUACUCAGUCACCUACAGGAAGCGGAUGCCAGCGUGGUGAUGGCUCCUCUGCUCCAUCUGGGGAACUGUGCAUUUUCACCAACCAGUGUGGAGGCAGCAGUGAUGAGAAACAAGGUUCUUCCUGUGAAAAGUGUGAUUUUGAAACUGAUCUAUGCAAAGCUCUUCAUGAAUUGAAUUUGCAGCCUGGAUGGAUAAGAAGAAAUGGUCAAUCUAGCAUGGGACCACCAUACUCUGACCACAAUGGGAAUGACAGUGCUUAUUUCCUCUCAUUGUCCUCUAAAAUGCGAUCCUCUUCUGCAACUUUAAGGACCAAUGUUUUCCUUCCAAAUGAUGAAGAACACAUUUGCCAGAUCACAUUUCAUUAUUGGAUCAGUCAAAUCAGUGGAACGUUGAUGGUGGGGCUUCAAAAGCACUCUGAAGAUACUAUUAUAAACAUCUGGCAAGUUUCAGGAGAACUGCAAAAUCAGUGGAAAGCAAAUACCAUCACAAUCAAUAGCACUGAAAAGUAUGAGGUUAUCUUUUGGGCGAUGGUGGAGACCCAGAGACAAGAUGAAACUGUUGCCAUUGAUGAUAUUACUUUCAGUGAAGGAUGUUCUCUGGCCUGUGCACCACAGACUUCCAGUUUUGAGCUUGGCAUUUGUGAGUGGCAUUCAGGUCAGCAGGCUGAGCCUGCCAUGUGGGCACAACUGCAAGCCGGGCACCAGAUUGCCUCCUGUUCCUUCCUGAAAGAUUGGGGCAACAAUACCAAAGGUGGGAAAGGCCAUUUUGAUUGGUUAGAAGCUAAUAACAACGCAUUACAUAAAAGCGCUUACCUAAACAGCUCCAUGUGUCAUUGCUCCAGCAAGAUUUGCCGUUUUCAGUUUCAUUACUCCGUGGCAGAUAGCAGUGUUCUCAAGGUGGUACUGUUUACUAAUCAGGAGGAACAUGUCUUGUGGGAAACCAACAUCAUGACUAAGAAGGAAUGGGUCAAAGUGGAUAUACAGCUACCAAUAGAGCUAGAAAAAUUAAAGCUGAUGUUUAAAGGAACACUCCAGAGCAGGGCAAGUUUCGUUUGUCUGAAUAGCAUCCAGCUUUUGGACACUACACCUUCAGAGCCACCAGGUUUCUGCUCCUUAGAAGAAUUCACCUGCACUGAUGGGCAAUCCACGGAGCCUGGAUCAGCCUGUGACUCUCACCCAGAUUGUUCUGAUGGCAGUGAUGAGGAUCCAGCAGCCUGCUCUAAUUACACUAUAUGUGAUUUUGCAACUGACCUCUGCGGGUGGAAGCCACUAAGCAUAGGUGAUACUGACUGGAACAGAAUGAAAGAACAGGCUCCUCAUGACAGGAAACUCCCUGGCAGAGGUCAUACAACUAAUACUGGACGUGGAGCAUUCAUUUACUUCAAUGGAUCACAUCAGAUGAACACAAAGAUGGCCAUGUCUCAUCUGGGGAGCCCUUUCCUUGUCAAGCUGUCCCCCGGGCUUUCCUGCUGUCAGGUAAGAUUUUGGCACCAGUUAUCUCGGGAUUCCCAGCUUUCUGUCUUUAAGAGAACUGCAUUGGAAGGAAGUUUGGAAAAAUUGCGUGACAUUUCAGGAUUGCCUGACAUGCAGUGGACAAAAGUAAAUAUUCCUGUAGAAAGUGCAGCUGAGGACUUACCUUUUCAGAUUAUUUUACGAGCUACUAUUCUAACAAAAAAUGCUACUGUUGCUGUUGAUGACAUCAGUAUAACAGAGGAAUGUGGAGUUGUGAAUAAAUCACUUCUAGGUGUCAGCCAAGAAAGUGAAGGGGAAACAGAAUUCGCAGAUGCUAAUUCUUCAUCUUAUUACUGUCCACCGGGACUUUUUUCAUGUGAGGAUGGACAAUGUAUUUCGUCUGACAAAUUUUGUGAUUUUACACCUGACUGUUCAAAUAGCCAUGAUGAAGCUAAGUGUCCUGCUGUAUGUGACUUUGAAAGAGAGAGCUGUGGCUGGAUUGAAACUGCAAAUGCAGAUGACUUUGACUGGGUAAGAAGUUCCAGUAGUGCUCUUGCACCAGCUUUUCAGAAGCAAGCUCCUCCUCAGGAUCACACCUGCAACAAAUCUGAAGGUCAUUUCAUGUUCAUUCUGAAAAACAGCAGCAGCAUUUCACAAGUAGCUCAGCUACGAAGCCCAAAGUUCAGGCAAACUGGACCAAACUGCACACUGUCCUUUUGGUAUUACAAUUACGGACGGUCAGUUGGGGCAGCAGAGAUGCAAUUGCUUGUGGAUGGGCUGAAACAGCCUACUGUCCUUUGGAGGGCAUAUUACAACGAGGGAAAUCAAUGGUUGAAGGCAGUCAUUCAGCUUGGACGCCUUCCAUGUCCUUUCCAAUUAUCACUUGAUAAAAUCAGUCUGGGUUUUUAUGACGGCGUCUCAGCAAUUGAUGAUAUUACAUUUGAAAAUUGUGCUCUUCCACCUCCAGCAUUAAGUUGUGAAGGUGCUAAUCGUUUCUGGUGUAGAGACACAAAAGCAUGUAUUGACAGUUUAUUGGUCUGUGAUCUUGUGGAUAACUGUGGGGAUGGAUCAGAUGAAGACAACUGUAACCCUGACCUACAGUGUGACUUUGAAAAUGGGCUGUGCAAUUGGGAGCAGGAUGUUAAGGAUGACUUUGACUGGAUCAGAAUACAGGGUCCAACUCCCACGGUUAAUACAGGCCCAUUAAAGGAUCACACAACAGGCACAGCCAGGGGACACUACCUCUACAUGGAAUCCUCCGAGCCACGCCAGUUCCAAGAUAAAGCAGUUUUGCUUAGUCCUCUCUUCAACCCUUCUGGCAAUGGAACCUGCAUUUUCCGCUUUCAUUAUCAUAUGUUUGGAAAGGAAGUUUACAAGCUGUCAGUCUUCCAGAGAACUGUGAGUAAUACCAAGGGAUGGCUAUUGUGGUACAAGUUUGGAAAUCAAGGAAACCGAUGGAUCAGACAGACACUCUACAUCAGCAGCUCUAAGCCAUUUCAGAUCUUGGUGAAAGGUACUGUAGGAGACGGUUUCACUGGAGACAUUGGACUUGAUGACAUGUCUUUUCUAGACUGUACUCUUUACAAUGGAAACUUGCCAACAAUCUCUACAACUACUUCAGGAACUUCAGUUCCUGCCACGCUCCCCAUGAACAACUGCACAGAGAAGGAGUUUGUCUGUAGAGCCUCUGGCCAUUGCAUCCAGAUGAUCCAGAAGUGUGAUUUUAGACCUGACUGCUCUGAUAUGUCUGAUGAAUCAGCUUGUGUUAUGGAAGUCUGCGACUUUGAAGAUAAAAACCAGUGUGGAUGGUAUCAACCAGACUUGGAACAGAUGUCAGGAAAUGAUUCCAUCCAUACCACAAACCUAUUCAAGUGGGAACUUGGAAGAGGAGCAAAUCUCUACCCUGGGCAAGAAAAACACUGCCCAUUAAUUGAUCAUACUACGUGUACUGAAGAAGGCUGGUAUCUGUUUGCAGACAGCUCAAAUGGAGAAUUUGGUCACACAGCUGACGUUGCUACCCCAGUCAUCUCCCUUACAGGACCCAAAUGCAAAAUCAUAUUCUGGAACCACAUGAAUGGUUCAACAAUAGGUUCUCUGGAGGUACUCUGUAAAACCAGUAAUAGGACUUCUAAACUGUGGACUCAAAGUGGCAGUCAAGGUCCCCAGUGGAACAGAGCCGAAGUGUUCUUAGGAAUUCGUUCAAAUUUUCAGGUUGUUUUCAGGGCAAAACAUGGUGUCAGUUACAUGGGAGACGUGGCAAUGGAUGAUAUUACCUUUGAAGAUUGUUCCCCUUUGGUCAUCCCAGGCAGACCUUGCACAUCAGAGGAAUUCACAUGUGCCAACAAGUAUUGCAUCCCAAAGGAUAGUCUGUGUGAUUUUGUAAAUGACUGUGCAGAUAACUCAGAUGAGAGCCCUGCUAUUUGCAGUACAUCUAUUGGGCAUUGCAAUUUUGAGUUUGAUCUUUGUGAAUGGAAGCAAGAUGAAAACGAUGAUUUUGACUGGAACCUCAGAACUAGCAGUACUACAAAAAUGGGCACUGGACCAGCUACUGAUCAUACAUUGCAAGAGCCAUCUGGGCAUUAUAUUUUUAUAAAAAGUUCAUUUCUUCAGCUACCAGGACAGAAAGCUAGGAUUUCUAGUCCUGUCCUAAGCAGAAGGAAUAAAAACUGCAAGAUACUUUUCUAUUACCAUAUGUAUGGAGCUCACAUUGGAUCAUUGAUUGUCUACCAGAGGACUACAGCGAAACAUGAAAAAGUUCUCCUUAAUCUUACUGGAAACCAGGGAAAUUUCUGGCAGCGCAAGGCACUGAUCCUGGCUGGAGAUGGAGAUGAAGAUUUCCAAGUUGUCUUUGAAGGGAUAGCUGGAAAAGGUCCCAAAGAUGGCAUAGCACUCGAUGACCUCACGUUUUCCAGAGAGUGCUUACCAUCCCAGGAGUUUUUACCAGCGGAACCCACAGCACUGCCUCCAACAGGCUCCUGCUCACACGGCUAUUGGCAAUGUCAGAACGGCAAGUGUUACAGACCAGAACAAAGCUGUGAUUUUGAAGACAACUGCGGGGAUAAUACAGACGAGAGUGAAUGCGGAACUUCCUGCACCUUUGAGAAAGGCAGAUGUGGCUGGCAAAAUUCCCUGGCAGACAAUUUUAACUGGGUGCUGGGGGUCAGCUUGCCUCAAAGUCUUAGACCUCCUGGGGACCACACGCUUGGAAAUAGAACUGGACAAUUCCUGUACCUUGAGGCCACUGCAAUAGGCCUAAAAAAUGAAAAAGCCCAUGUGAAGAGUUCCAGAUGGAAAGAAUCAAGUGGGACUUGUGUGAUGAGCUUCUGGUACUUCAAGUCAUCAAAAGCCAUGGGAUGUAUUCAGGUUCUGAUUAAGAAUGAUGAUGGGAUUUUGAAAAUAUGGAGUGAAUCAGGAAAUCAUGGUGAUGAGUGGAAGAAAGUCGAGUUACACUUGGGGAAACUGAGGAAUUUUGAAGUUAUCUUUGAAGGCAUUCGUACCAGAGACCUAGGAGGCGGAGCAGCAAUAGAUGACAUAGAGUUCAACAACUGCACCACAAUUGGAGAGAAUCCCAGGGAAUGCCCUGCCCUCACUGAUUUUGUGUGUGGGAAUGAGAAUUGCAUAGAAUCUCAGUUCAUCUGUGACUAUAAACCAGACUGUGAAGACCUGUCAGAUGAAGCUGACUGCAGUUACUACACAAGUAUUCCUGGAAGCUGUAACUUUGAAACACAAGAUCAAGAAUGGACCACUGUAUGUGGAUUAACUCAGGACCCUAGUGAUGAUUUUGACUGGAAUAUUAGCAGCAGUGUUGUCACAGGACAAACGGGUCCUGAUACUGACCAUACACCAGGUAAAGGACAGCAUUUUUUGUAUGUAAACUUAUCUGCCCAGAAGGAAGGAAACAGAGCAAGGAUAAUUACCACCAAACUAUUCCCAGCGAGCCUUGGGGUCUGUAGGGUUCGGUUCUGGUUCUGGAUGUUUGCUUCUAGGCAAGCAGGAGUCUUAAAGGUAUACACAGCUGGAGAUCAUGGAAUGGAUAUUCUUUUCUGGUCUUCCAGUAGAAAUGAAGAAAACAAAUGGAUGUAUGCCAAUGUAGUCCUCUCCAGCAACAGCCCUUUCAGAGUCGCCUUCGAAGCUGAAGUGGGGUGGAAUGAACCCACAGAAUUUGCUCUUGAUGAUAUUUCUUUCACCCCAGAAUGCAUUGCUGGAGGAUCAGCUGAUCCACACCCUCCAACCUGCAGUAGUGACCAGUUCACAUGUGCAUAUGUGCAGCAGUGUUUGCCCCUUGCUGCAAAAUGCAAUGGGGCUGAAGAUUGCAGGGAUGGAAGUGAUGAAAUGAACUGUCCCACGGAGGUGCCUACUACCAUGUCUCCGGGCUCCUGCAAGCAAACAGAGUUUCUGUGUCCUUCCAAAGGCUGUAUCCCAUCCUUCCUGAAGUGCGAUGGUGUGCCUGACUGCCACCUUAACGAAGACGAAGUUGGCUGCCCCCUUAAAGACUGUUUCAAUGGUUCUUUGUUAUGUGCGUCAACUAAACAAUGUAUAGCAAUCUCCCAGCGUUGUGAUGGCAUUGCAGACUGCACUGAUUUCAGUCUUGAUGAGUCCAGCUGUUCAGUUUGUCCUGAUGAAUACUGCAAAAAUGGAGGAAGAUGCAUCAUCAAAGAUGACAUUCCAUUAUGCCAAUGUGGAAAAGAAUGGAAAGGGAACCGUUGCCACAUAAGUGCUAAGCCUCUUCAGCCUCCAACUUCAAGUCUCCUUCAAAAUGAUAUUUGGAUUGGGUUGGGUAUCGGUUUCUUGCUGAUUAAAAUUACAGCUGCUGCCUUGUAUUUCCUUUCGAAGAAGAAAGUGCCAGAAACGAAACUGGAGGAAACCGCUAAUGGUUCUUUUGCCAACCCAUUGUACGAAAACCUUAGCUCAUCUGGAAAAGUAAAGUCUCCUGGGUAUGCCACCUCACCUGUUGUUCAAAUCAGUGUUUCUCCAUGGCAUGAGUAUCUGUUUAAUGAAGAUGUGAAUGCUACUUCUUUUCCAAAUCCUCUCUAUGGUGAAGCACCAGAAGACAUGGAGAAAUUAUGCAGUUCCUUGAAAACAGACAAAAACCAGGAUCAAUAUUGCUUGUAACUCUUUGCCUGAAGAUUUUUUCUAAAAUCUGAAAGUAUGUCAUGAUACCGUAGCAUUUGCAAUAUGAAUGAAUAACUCUUUGCAGAAUAACUCUUUUAUUAAAAUAAUUAUGUUCAGAAAGUAACUUUAUAUAAAAAAUGGAAUCCAUACAUAAGUAAAACAUAUAUAUAUAUAUAGUCUUCUGUCAUUUCUAUUGGUGCAGAAAGA